AUGAUUAGUAAUAGAAAGAGACCAAGAGUUUUAAGUACUGAUGGACAUUCGAGUGUUUCUAAUGACACAGCUACAAAUUCUACAAAUCUAUCAGAUACACCUCCUUUUAGUCACCAUCACCAUCAUCAUCACAGUCAACAACUGCAACAACAACAACAACAACAAAUGCCAAUUUUAUCUGAUACUUCAACUGAUUCAAGUAAUUCAAGUUUCCCAUUUUAUAAACCAUUACUUAAAAGUAGUAAAAUUGAAUCAAGUAUGUUUACUAAUCCAUUUUUAUCAAUUCAUGACAGGAAUGGGAUACAAUUGCCUGAAUAUGGUGAUGACGACGAUAACGAAGAAGACGAGGAGGAUGAAAUUAGCGAUAAUGUCCUUGACAAUGAUGACGAUGAUAAUUAUGCAAUAGAAGAUGAUGAUGAAGAAGUGGAUGAAGAUGAAAUAGUUGAUAUCGAAGACGAUGAUGACGAUAUUGAAGAAAUUGAUGGGUUUGAUAAUGAUGAUGACAUUAUAUUCAUUGAACAACGUCAGCUACCCAAGAGAAAUAGUGAUAGUUUAUUAUAUGAUACACAAGCAUUGGAAGCUUAUAAUAAAUUCAGGUCGAAUAAGAAUAAUAAUAACAAGAAAAAGCUACCUCCAGCUCGUAUCAAAAAGCAACGAACUAAUUCAUUACCACAAUUACCACAAGCCAAAUGUAUUUAUAAUAAAUUACCCAAUUAUAUUUUACAAGGACCUAAAUUGGGUAAUAUACGGACCAAUGUGAUACCUCAUCAAUUGAAUUUACCUCCAUGUGUGGAUGAAAGUGGGCAUUAUAUUGUCAAACCAAAUACAUUAUUUGCCAAUAGAUUUAUUAUUAUUAAAUUGUUGGGUCAAGGAACAUUUGGUAAAGUUGUACAAUGCUUUGAUAAAGUUAAGAAUGAACAUGUUGCCAUUAAAAUAAUUCGUAACAUACAAAAAUAUCGUGACGCGGCCAAAAUUGAAUUGAGAGUGUUGUCUACACUAAAGAAAUUUGAUCCAGAUAACACUAAUCAUUGUAUUCAUUUACGAGAAUGUUUUGAUUAUCGUGGUCAUAUUUGUAUUGUUACUGAUUUACUCAAGAUUUCAUUAUAUGAUUUUUUGGAAAAUAAUAAAUAUAUUGGAUUUCCAGGGAGUCAAAUUCAAUCAAUAGCUAAACAAUUGAUACGAACAGUUUGCUUUUUACAUGAUUUAGGAAUCAUUCAUACCGAUUUAAAACCAGAAAAUGUUUUACUUAAAGAUGAUAGUUAUCAUAAAUUGAAAAUAACUAGUCUGACAAUGACUUCAGCUUAUUUAGCCUUGAAAAAUGAUAAACGACCAGUGAAAUUUCUGAAAAUCUUGAGUUUAACCGAUAUUUAUGUGAUUGAUUUUGGUAGUUCAAUAUUUGAUAGUGAAUAUCAUUCACUGGUGGUUUCAACUCGACAUUAUCGAGCCCCAGAAAUCAUUUUCAAUUGUGGUUGGUCAUUUGCUAUUGAUUUAUGGUCUGUCGGGUGUAUAUUAGUGGAAUUAAUUAUUGGUGAACCAUUAUUUAAAACUCAUCAUGAUCAAGAACAUUUGCAUAUGAUUCAAAAAAUAUCGGGUGAAACUAUUGAUCGAAAAAUGGUUUUAAUGUGUAAAAAACAAGGUCAUAAAGUUGGAGAAUAUUUUGAUGAUAAUUGUCGAUUAAUUGAAUUGGAAGAACCAAAAUUCAUUCAAUCAGUGGCUCAAUUGGAUAGAAUUGAUAAAUUUAUUUCGAAAAGAUUAGGAAUUAAUCUUGAUUUGAAUUUAUCAUUAGAAGAAAAUUAUGACCUUAAUAGGGAUAAUCAAGAAGAAGAUGAUGAUAAAGAUGAGGAGGAUGAUUUUGAUGAGAAUAAGAUUUUGUUUUAUUAUUAUUUUGUUGAUUUGUUACAAAGUUUAUUGAAAAUUAAUCCACAAGAAAGAAUUACUGCUGAAGAAGCAAUGAAUCAUCCUUGGUUUGAUUUAGGUACUAUAGAUGAAGGAAUUGUGUGA